AAGUAACAUGGACAAAACCUAUUGCGCAUACGUGAAAGGAAUAAUUCUCUAGCACACUUAAUCAGAUCGCGCGCGCAAUUGCACAGUGUCAUUUACGAUGGACCGUGUUAUAAGAUGAAAUUGUCGGAUGAAGUACAUUCUUGUAUAAUUAUACAUAUCCAUUUAUUUAAGAAAAAAACUGUAUUUGUGAAUUUUAUAUUAUUAUAAUUUCUGUUUUAUCUUUAUUUUGUCUGAUAAAAUCUUUCUCAUUCAUCUUUCAUAAUGGCAUUAAUUGUUCCUACUUCAGCGGUUUCUGAUUUAAUAGAAGUUUCUUCAAGCACUAAAGAUUUUAAUACGAAAAAUCACGAUGAAUCGAAUAUUUUCGAAAAUAUUCGGAAGUGCAAUGGUGAAGAAGUAGUAACGCAUAACCAGAAAGAUGAAGAAAAUAAUAAAAAAAAUGUUGAAGAAGAUGAAAGAAAUGUUGAUGAAAAUUUAAGAGACGUUACUUGUGACAUUACAUUAUUAAAUAGAGAGAAUCAAUGUUAUGAUCCACAAAAGUUAAAAAAUAAUGAAACUUCUAAUAUCUCAGUUAACAAAUUUCAUCCAAGUGAUAAAGCUGAUCUUAAUGGAUCUAAUGAAAAGAAUAAAUUAAGAAUUGAUUAUGAAAAAUGUGACAUAAUGGAUAAUGGCAAUGAUACUGCUAAGAAAGUGUCAAAGAACAUUUUAAAUUUCAUUGAUAGUGAUUCUGAGGAAGAAACUAGUUUGUAUAAAACAUUAAGUAAAAAAUCUUGCAUCGCUGAUGAUGAAUCACUUGAACAUUCUGAAUCAACUGAACAAUUACAGAUUACAGAAUAUAAAAACAAUUUGAAAAAUAGAAGUCAAAGAAGAAUAGUAGACAGUGAAUCUGAAGAAGAUAUACAAACAAAUGUUAAUAGCAACUUUUCUCAAACAGAUAAUAAUCCUGUAAGUACUGCUACUGGAAGCUAUCGAGACUUAAUAGAUUCAGAAUCUGAAGAUGAAAAACAAAAGGAGGAAACAGAAAACAAUUUCUUUAAUACAUCUAAAGAAAUAUGUGAAACUAAGGAUGCUAAAAAAAAAUCUGUUAAAAAGAGAAAGGGUUCUAUAAGAACUUCCAAAGAUGAGGCAAUGCGUCAGAUAUACAGCGAGACACAACGUUUGUUAAGAGAAACAGAAAUUUCUUUACCUUAUCAUAGACCAAAACAGCGUACAUUACAAGAAUUCUUGAAUAGAAAAAAAAUAUCAACUGCUCUCCCAAAGGCACCUUCAACAGCUGUAAAACUUAAGAUGUCAUCUGUGAUAAUAAGCAAGGUCGUUGCAGAAAAGGAAAAAGAAGCAGAAUUUUUUUACAAAUCCUCAGAUUCAGAAGAUGAUACACAACAAUCUAUACUUGAUGUUAGUAAGAAUACAAAAAACUCUUUUACUACAAAUAAAACAGAGGAAGUGUCUUCAACAGAUAUUAAUUAUAAAUGUAGUCAUAAUCCUAAAAACAUUGAAACAAAUGUACAAAAUUCUCAUAACGAAAAAAAUUUAAUUAGUGAUGCUCAAUCGAAUAUUCAAGGUAAUUCUUCAACAAACGAAAGCGAAAAAUCUGAUAGUCAUGUACAAGGUUUGCCACUUCCAAUAUUUGAAGAUGAGAUUUCAUCUAAUAGAAAAAAAUUACCAACAUUAAUAUCCAAUUCAAAAGUUACGUUAAAAGGAUCGCCGGGUAUGAUUAUUGAUUUAACAGACGCAAAACCAAAUGUAAACGGUGUAAAUUCUUUAUUAGAUAGAUUUUUUGGUAAACAUCUUAACACAAAAAAACAGAUUAAUAAUAAAUCAGAAGUAACUGUAGUACAUUUGCAAAAUACUCAGAAUGGUCCUCUUCCAAUUAAAGAAGUAUUUUCAUACACGGCAUCUAUUAAUACUGAUAAUUCUGAAUUGAAUAAGCCUGGAGCCAAAUUAUUACGUUUAAAAGAAAAUUUAAAAUUACAAAUGACUUUAAAACGUAACAAAGAAUGGAAACAAAAGGAAUUAGAAUUAGAAGCGCAAGAGAAAGAAGAAUGGCAUGAAGAAAUCGAAAACGAUUGCGAUUUAAGUGAACAAGAAGAAAGUGAAUUGAGUAUUGAAUCGAAUGACAGUGAAGAAAGCGAACCUGAAGAGAAUGAUGUUUGCAUUAAAGAUAAGAAAAGGAGUAAAUGCCUGUUUGCGGAUGACGAAGCUGAGGUUACAGACAAUGAAGAUUCAAGUAUAAGUAUAGAAGAAGAAACAUAUAUGAAUGAUAGUAUAACUGAGUCUGAUCACGAAGAAAAUGAAGAUGAAAAAAAAGAAAACGAUGAAGAAAGUUUAGAGGCAAAUAUGAACAAUGGAAAUAAAUCUAAUUCUAAAGAUAACAAUGCUAAUGUUCAUAAAAGCUUUGACACUGCCAAAAAUAAUAAAACGAAUCAAUUAAUUGAAGAUUCUCAAGACGAUUCAAAUAUUACAAAUUUGAGUUAUUUGCAGAAUGAUAAUAAUCAGCUGAAUAAUGAGACAGAUACACCUAAAAUAAAUUGCGACGAUAAUGAUUGGAGUGAGAGUGAAAGCAAUAUGCCCGCUUAUCAACAACAUGAAAUUGCUACAAGAAGUCAAAUAUGUAAGACACCAUUGACAAAAACAAGUAUGCUCGAUAUGGUUUCUCCUAUAACACAAUUAAGUGUAUUGAAUGCUACCUUAGAUUCCAAUAAGAAAGAUUCAUCGGAAAAGAGAAAAUGUCUAAUUGAUAAAGAUGAGUCUGUUUUUCUGGAAAAUACACAGAACGAUGAGUUUUCUGAGCCCAUAUACAGAAAUAAAAAUGUUUUAAAAAAGAAAUUGUUCGAUGAUAUUGAGGAAGCUAUCGAUGAUGAAUAUCUUAUGCAAUUGUGCUCAGGUAAAUUUGAAUCCACGCAACGAACCGAUCUAGAUUUAUUCUCACAAUCCAACACAACUAUAUUGCAAUUACAUCCAAGUAAAUCUGAAUUAUGCUCUGGAAAUUUUAAUACAAAACUAGUUACACAAUCAGAAAAUCCAAAAAUAAACAAAACGCCUCAAGAUAUGAAAUCCGUGUCAGAUGAAGAUUCCAAUAACUCUAUAAAUUAUAUGAGGGAAACAAAUAAAGUUAAGGAGGUGGAAUCAGAAUUAAAACUAAGGAUUGCUUCUUCAGAUGAUGAGAAUGAAGAAGAUACAUUUUUAAAACCCAAAAAGCGUCCAACCAAAAGAUUAACUUUGUCUGAUUCAGAAGAGGAAAAUGAAUCAUUAUCUGAUGAAGAAAACAACGAUAUAGAUAACGAGGAGGUAGAAGAACAAUAUAUAGACUACGAUUCCGAGGAAAAUGAAGUAGUUACUAUACCGGCAAAGGAUAUAAAAAAGGUUGCUGCUGAUUUUUUGGAAGAAGAAGCCGAGUUAAGUGGGAGCGAUUGGGAUUCUGCUGAUGAAGAUGAAAAGGAUUUAGAUAAAUUAGAAUUUGAAGAAGCUGAUGAUGAACACAUAGACGAACACAAAGUGAAAGAUCAAUUAGAAAAGAUUCAUAUGAAACAGAUAUUGGAUGAAGAUAAAAGGGAAGUUAGAUUGCUUAAGGAAUUAUUGUUUGAGGAUGGCGAUUUACAUACUGAUGGAGCAGGACGGGAACGUAAAUUCAAGUGGAGAAAUAUAGAUAAACUGGGAAAUAAUAUUGAAUUGCCACAAGUCAAUGAAAAUGAUGGCUGGGUAGAUAUGCAAGAUGAUGAGGAAGAAGUAAAGUGGAGUAAACUCAGACACGAAAGAGAUAAAUUUCUUGAGGAAAGAAUGAAAUCUUCAAAUAAUGAAAUUGAGGAUGAGUUAUGCGAUAGUCAAAUUUUCAAACUUGGACUGCAAGCAGUUAAAAAAAUCAAGGAUAAUAAAUCACAAAAACAAGAUACUUCCCUUAACCAAAUAGAUUCUUCCGAGAAUAUGGAACCAAUUAUGCCACGGAAUAUAACAGAUCUUUUAAAUGGGCCAAAAAAUAUCGGAAAAAAAACCCAGACGAUAUAUAAUGUUAUAAAAAAACGUUCACUCUUAAGUCGAGGAGAAGAGUCGUUAGCGAGGAUGGCUUCUCUGGCAAAACAAAAUGAUUCUAUUUCUCAUACAGUAAAUACAAGAAAUUUUGUCUUCCAAUAUAUUGAUCAAAGUUUAGACGAUUCAUCUAAAAAAGAGGAUAAAUUAAUAGAAAAAGAAGUGGAUUUACAAAAAAAGCCUCGAAAAAGAAAAACAAUGUCAGAUAUGUCAUCGAAAUCAAACAAAAGGCGAAAAUAAAACUGUCCUUCAUAGAAGAAAAAUAAUUUUAUUUUAUUUAUGAUAUGUGUAAAGACUGUCGUUUUUAUACAAACAUGUAAUAUAAAUUUAGAUGUAUAAAUGAUAAUGACGAAUUUAUUUUCGUUAAACUAUUUUUAAAAGUUUGUUACAUGUGUAAAAAUGUUAACAAUGAUGUAUCCUCUAAUCUCAAUUAAAUGCCUUAUCUCUUAUAUAUAAAUAGCAAAUAUGUACAAAUGACAAUCACAAUACAAUAGGUAAGGAAUGGUAUUUGUUUGAAGAAUUAUAUAACUUUCUUAUUUGGACAAAA